AUGAAUGAUCAAUCUGAUCAAUACGACAAAUAUAGGUGGAUCCAUUAAGUACCAUAAAAUAUCAUUAAUAAAAAUUAUAAAACACCUUCUACUCAAAAAGGAUAGAAACAAAGAUAUUUUGUAUAAGACUACUCUUAAUUACACCCUAAUCCAUAUUACGAUCCAAUAUACAUUUAAAACCAGUUUCAAACUAAUAGCUAAAUAAAUACAGAUAUCAAAUAUUAAAAAAAUAAAAGCAGGAACUUAAAUCAGAAUGUUUAUUAAAGCUAAAAUGCUAAUCAAAACUCUGGUUUUAAAUUAUUAACCAAAUAGCAAAAAGCAUCAACAAUUAGUAAUAAGCCAAAAGAUGGUCACGUUAUCAUUACUUUACCUUAAACUAAAAAGAAGUUCGAUAGUGUCUCUUAAAAAUAGAGGUAGCAAACUAAAAGUUUAGAUUAAAUUAAAAUAAAUGAUCAUUUCAAAAGAUUACUACAAACUUAAGAGUCAAGAGAGUUAUAUUCAAAACCAUUCUUUUAUUCUUAAUAUUCAAAAAUAUUGAAGAUUCCAGCAUAAUCCUCUUCAGAGAAAUAUAUAUAAACUUUAUACAAGCCUGUUACCAAAUAGAGGAUUAAAUAGAGAGGAGAUUUAUCUCUAGAAUAGAAUCAAAAUUACUCUUAUGAUCACCCUCAAUAAUAAUAUUAUUCAGAUGAUAGUUUUGAGGGUAAGGCCUAAAACGUCAAGAAGGUAGACCUAUAUGAAUUGGCUUAAGAGAGGUAAUCAAAUCGAGAUUAGUCGUAAAAUAACUCAAAUUUGAAUUCACAGGAAAAUUGUAAGAAUUAAUACUAGGAGAGUCCUCCAUAGAACUCUCAGUAUUAUUAAAUGGCUCUUUAAUCCAGUUAAUAUUAUUAAAAUUCUCAUGAUAUAGAAGAAUAAAAUCGAGAUUCGAAUAUUUAAGAGUACUCAAACUUUCAUUAUUUCUAAGAUAAUAAUCAAUUUUCAUAAAAUCCUUUUGCUCAAACAUCAAAGAAACCAAUUUAAAUUAAAUUAAAUAUAAAGGAAUUUAUUGCCUCCGAAUAGCAAUAGAAAUCCUCUCCUAUGUCUUCUAAUUUGACUUAACAAAAAAUAAACAACUAAAAAACUCAUAGAUGA